AUGACAGACAUAUUGCUCAUUGAUUCUGACACCAAGCACGCCGAUGCGCUUGCCGCGGAAUUGUGUGAGCAAGGCUUAGUGGCAAAGGCAAACGGGCAGUUGCCAGCAUUGGCGAGCCUGUCCCAGCACCAGUGCGUGGUGAUUCUCGAUGAAAUUGUCGAACCUCAUCUAACCCAUAUCGCAAGCAGCGUACCGACUAUUGUACUGACCCGCUCCGGCAGCAUUGCUGCAGCUGUUACCUUCAUAAAAAGAGGUGCUGCCGACUAUCUGCCGCUGCCGCUGGAUACCGCACAGAUUCUGGCCGCCAUUGAACGCGCGACGACAAACCCGUCAGUGAUACAGAGACCUCAACUGGCUGAUUUCCCCAUGAUCGGAUCGUCGCCAGCGAUGCAGCAGCUGAAAGCCAAUAUUGCCAAAGCCGGACCCACGGAUUCUACGGUUUUAAUCCUAGGUCAAUCAGGCACUGGGAAGGAGCUGGUAGCCCGCGCCCUGCACGCGGCCAGUGCACGCGCCGCGGCGCCACUCGUUUCAAUCAACUGCGCAACCAUUCCACCCAAUCUGAUUGAAGCAGAACUGUUCGGCUUAGAACAAUUCGAAUCAGGCGCGCAUGCUCAUCGCGGUCUUAUUGAAGCUGCGGAAGGCGGCACCCUGUUUCUGGAUGAAGUUGCAGAGUUACCGCCCGCCGCACAGGCUCGGUUGCUGCGCGUUUUAAAAGGCGAAAACCGUCGGGUUGGCAGCUCCGCCACCGAGCCCGCAAACGUGAGGGUUAUCGCCGCCACUCAUCGAAAUCUGAGCGAUCUGACAGAACUGGGCCAGUUCCGACAGGACCUUUUCUAUCGCCUGAACGUCGUCUGUUUCGAAAUUGUACCGCUUCACCAACGCAAAGAAGAUGUUCAUGAAAUUGCCUUGUGGCUGCUGGAACGCACCAGCAAAAGACUGAACAAGACCGGUUUAUCGUUCGCCAAAGAAGCGCUUCAGGCACUGGUUGAGUAUCACUGGCCAGGUAAUGUUCGCGAACUUGAAAAUGCGCUUGAACGCGCGGUGAUCCUGUCUGAUAACAACAGCGAAAUUACCCAGGCGCUACUCGCCAUACAGCCGAUCCCCAAGCCUGCACCCGCUCCGCUCGAUGCAGGUGCUGAUCCGGACCAGACCUCUCUGGAAGAUUACUUUGUGCGCUUUGUUACAGACAAUCAGGAUAACUUCACGGAAACCGAGCUCGCCGAAAAACUUGGUAUCAGCAGGAAGAGUUUGUGGGAGCGCCGUCAACGCCUGAAUAUUCCCCGCAGGCGCACGCGCAAACACGACCACAUCAUCAAUCGCGAUGACCUUGAUACUCAUGCAGUGGAAAUUGUACGCACCCUGCAAGGGGCUGGCUUUGAAGCGUACCUGGUAGGCGGUUGCGUUCGUGACCUGCUUUGUAAUAAGAAGCCGAAAGACUUCGAUGUUGCAACCAGCGCAAAACCUAUCGAAGUAAAGGCUCUGUUUCGGCGUUCUCGACUCAUCGGGCGACGCUUUCCCAUUGCCCACGUCAGAUCCGGGCGAGAGCUUAUUGAGGUUUCAACCUUUCGUCAGGCUCAACACGACGACAUAGAAACCAACGAGCACGGUUUGAUCAUGAAAGACACCGCCUACGGGACCGCAGUUGAUGACGCGUUUCGCCGCGAUUUCACGAUCAAUGCGCUGUAUUACGACGUCGAAAGUCACGAGAUUAUCGACUACGUUGGUGGCAUAGAAGACAUCGUGAACAAGCGCCUUCGAUUUAUCGGCGAUCCAGCGGACCGGUUGGCAGAAGAUCCGGUGCGCAUGCUGCGCGCGAUAAGGUUCGCUGCCAAACUUGGGUUCCGCAUAGACGAUAAUAUUAUGGCGUUGGUUGAUGAUACCGCAGAGCGCCUCGACGCCAUUCCCGGCGCCCGUCUAUUCGACGAAUUCCUGAAACUGUUUCUAUCCGGAUACGGUGAGGCAGCCUGGCAACUGUUGAGUGCCACGCCUCUGGCUCACAGCCUUUUUCCGAGUUGUGACCCGAGCAGCAAAAUGGUUCGCGCUGCGAUGCGCAAUACAGAUCAGCGGAUUGCCGCAGACCAGCCCGUUACACCAGGGUUCCUGAUUGCCGUUCUACUCUGGGCCGACUUCGCCGCGCGCAGCAGCGAAGCCAAUCCAGAGAAUAAAGCGGGCCUGGUUUACGACAUCGCCAGCGACACACUAGCGGUACAGCAACAGCACAUUGCUAUUCCCAGACGUUUCAGCACGUUUGCUCGGGAAGUGUGGCAGUUACAACCUCGCCUGAUCGCUCGUCAACCUAAAAACAUCCGUCGAAUUCUCAGCCAUAAACGUUUCCGCGCAGCAUUCGAUUUUUUAUGUUUACGCGGAGCUGAAGACGAAAAGCUGGCCGAACUGGGUCGCUGGUGGGAAACCCUGCAGACUCUGGAUAGUGACGAACAGCAGGCAAUGAUCGAUGCACUCCCCACCACCGGCAAACGACCGGCAACCGCCAGCCCGGCAACGCCCCACAGGAGUCCUGAGUUGCAGGCAUUAUCCGGCGGUAUCGAAGCACCCAGCCAGCUGCUGCAAAUUCAGCAAAAAAUCAGCCAGGUUCAGAAACAACGUGGCUUCCCAUCCUUUAUCGCGGUAGAAGGUCCGAUCGGUGUGGGUAAAACAACGCUCGCCAGGCGUAUUGCAGAUACCUGCCACUAUCCGCUCAUGCUUGAACCGGCGACGGAAAACCCGUUUCUCGACCGUUUCUACCAGGAGGGGAAACAGCAUGCUUUGCCUACCCAGCUGUUUUUUCUACUGCAUCGCGCACGACAAGCUGCUGAUAUGCCGAACAGCGACCUCCUACAGGCAUCAUUGGUUACCGACUUUCUGAUUGAAAAAGACGAGUUGUUUGCGCGUCUGACCUUAGAUGAUGAGGAGUUCGGACUUUAUCAACAGAUCCAGAAGAGCCUGCAACUCAACCCACCCACGCCGAACCUGGUGAUCUAUCUGCAGGCGCCUGCGGAUGUAUUAUUGCAGCGCAUCGAACAACGCGGACUGGCCUUUGAAAAGGGUAUCGACGCCGACUACCUGCAUGCCCUGACAGAAAGCUAUACAGAGUUUUUUUACUACUACGACAAAGCGCCUCUGUUGGUGGUCAAUGCCAGUGAAAUUGACUUCGCUAACAACGACGAUCAUUUUGCUGCGUUGCUGGGUCAGAUCAUUAAGAUGGAAGGCGCGCGGCAGUUUUUUAAUCCAAACCCCGUGCUGUUAUAA